AUGACAUUUCCACCUCCAGAGUUUAACCUGAAGGUCCUUCUGGAGAAACUGAAGGGUGAUGAAUUAAAGAGCUUCAAAUGUCAACUAUGGACCCUUCCUGAAUUCAGAGAUGAUCUACAGAGACCCUCAUCCUGCGACGUACAGGAUGCAGAUAACAUGGAACUGGCAGACAUUCUGACCAAGAAAUUCCCAAGCAAUAGGCUGAGGCACGUGACCCUGAACAUCCUGGAGAAGAUAAGUUGCACAGAAUCGUUUCAAACCUCAGGUAGAGAAACAAGACACAGGAGCAUAAUAGAAAAACUCUCUUUGUUCUGGAGAAAUAGAUAUUGCACAAAAAGUUUCCAUGUCCAUGACAACAUGCACAGAAGCCAGGAGCUGAUGCAAUUCUUUAAUCCAAAAAUAGCCACAAAGUCACUGUCGGAAACGGUGGUUCUGUAUGGUCCUGCAGGUGUUGGGAAAACCACACUGGCCAAAAAGUGUUUGCAGGAAUGGACUGCGGGAGGGCAGGGUGGACAAAUUCGAUGUGCCUUUUACCUCCAGUGUAGAGAGCUCAAUCAUAUGGAACCUUGUACUUUUGGGAAGAUGAUCUGCAUGGACUCUCCUGAGUGGGAAGAUGAAAUCAUGGAGAUCUUAACUCUGACACAGGAAGUCCUGUUUGUGGUGGAUGGUUUUGACGAGCUGAGGGUCCCAGUGGAGGCGCUGAUCAAUGAACUAUGUGGUGACUGGGGGACAAAGCAUCCAGCACCCAUCCUCCUGAGCAGUUUACUGAAGAGGAAAAUGCUUCCCCAUUCCAUGGUGCUGGUUACCACACAGCCUCAGGCCUUACGGGAUCUCAUUCUGUUGGUGGAGCAGCCACUCUUUAUAGAGGCUGAAGGCUUCUCAGAGGAGGAAAGACAGGCAUUCUUCCAGAGACACUUUGGAGACGAGAAAGAGGCAUUUCGAGCUCUCAGUGCUGUGAGGGCCAAUUCUGCUCUGUUCCACCUGGCCUCAGCUCCUGAUGUCUGCUGGAUGAUCUGUACCUGUCUAGCACUUCAGGAGAAGGGGGAAGACCUUGCUGUGACUUGCCAGACCUGUACCUCAUUGUUCCUGAAGUUUCUCUGCACCCAGUUCCCACCAGCAUCUGAUGGUGACCACACCAAUGGGUAUGGCAACUCUUUGGAGGCCCUGUGUCUCCUGGCUGCCCAAAGCCUGUGGAUGCAGCAGUCCAUAUUCUACGGAGGAGAACUAUGGAGACUUGGAUUGAAUGAGUCAGACCUCUGUCCCUUCCUAGACAAGGGGAUCAUCCAGAGGGACUGGCACUGUAAGGACUGCUACUCCUUCAUCCACCUCAGUGUCCAGCAGUUCCUGGCUGCCAUGUUUUACAUUCUGAAGUCUGAAGAAGGCAGGGACGGUGCUAAGUGGGAUAUUGGUGUUGUGCAGAAGCUGUUCUCUAGAGAAGUCAGAUAUAAAAACUCCAACCUGGCCCAGGCAGGGCUGUUCCUGUUUGGCCUCUUGAAUGAGAAGCGAACCCAAGAGUUGGAGACCACUUUUGGCUGCCGAACAUCGGUGGAGGUCAAACAGGAGUUACUGCAGCUAUUACAAAGCAAGCCUUUGGAGAGCAAGCCCUUCUCAGUGAUGGAUCUUCGGGAGAUUUUCUCCUAUCUAUACGAAUCUCAGGAGGAAGGGCUCGUGAAGGAAGCGAUGGCUUCCUUUGAGGAAAUGUCUUUGUGUUUAAAAACCAGCACAGACUUCAUGCAUUCUUCGUUUUGCCUAAAGAAUUGCCAAUGCGUGGAGAAAUUGUCACUGCAGGUAGAAAGAGGGAUAUUUGAGGAGACCAAAGUUGGAUUGGAGGCUUGCCUUCAGGUUUUGAAGCAUCAGAACCACAGCAGCUCUCUUUUCCUCUGGGCAGAUCUAUGCUCUGUGAUAUGUUCCAAUAAGAACCUGAGCCUCUUGGACAUCAGCCAAAGCUUCCUGAAUGAGCCCUCAGCGAGGAUUCUUUGUGACUGUUUAACCUCUGUCUCCUGUUGUCUGCAGAAAGUGGUGAUUAGAGACAUCUCCCCUAUGACUGUAUACAGGGAUAUCUGUCUGGCUCUCAUUGGCAAAAAGACACUGACUCAUCUGACCCUGGUGGGUCGUGUCCAGGAAAGCAAGACCUUACUGCUGCUGUUGUUGGGAGAGAUGAUGAAGCACAAGAAGUGCAACCUCCAGUUUCUGAGGCUGGGAUCUUGUUCUGCUUCCAUUCAUCAGUGGGAUAACUUGUUCUUGACCCUCCAUAUCAACCAGUCCCUGACAUGCUUGGACCUCUCAGACAACAAACUUCUAGAUGCGGGUGCCAUACUGCUAUGUACAGCUUUGAAGUAUCCAAGGUGCUUCCUGAAGAGGCUGUCGUUGGAGAACUGCCACCUUACAGAAGCCAGUUGCAAGGAGCUCUCUUCCGCUUUGAUGGUCAGCCAAAAGCUGACACAUCUGAGCUUGGCCAGGAAUGAUCUUGGAGAUACUGGAUUAAAAAUUCUGUGUGAAGGCUUGUGCUAUCCAGAGUGUAAACUACAGAUGCUGGUGCUACAGCAGUGUAACAUAACCAAGGUUGGCUGCAAGCAUCUCUCGGAGCUGCUCCAUGGAGACUGCAACUUAACACACUUGGACCUGGGUCUGAAUCCCAUAGCUACUGGACUGUUGCUUCUCUGUGAUGCCUUAGGGCAUUCAAACUUCAGUCUCAAAUGCCUAGGGCUCUGGGGAUGCUCCCUCAGCCCUUUGUAUUGCCAUAAACUUGCAACUGCCCUUGCGAGCAAUCAGAAGCUGGAAACCCUGGACCUGGGUCAGAAUUUCUUGGGGAAAAGUGGAAUAACGAUGAUCUUGGAGACUUUAAAAGAUAGCCAUGGGCCCCUGAAGAGACUCAGGUUGAAGAUAGACAAAUCAAACAGGAACAUUAAGAAACUGUUGAAGGAUAUGAAGGCAAGCAACCCCAGCCUGACGAUUGACAAUGUCACCAGGACAACUGCGCCCUCAUACUGUGACCUCUUCUCUGAGCACCCAGAAACCAUUCUUACUACUGACUAUCUAAGGGGAAGGGGAAUUUGA